CCCUAAGCCUGUCUUUUAGGGUCCCGAGGGAAAUGGCGGGGGUUGUAGAGUGGCACCUGAGGCCGCAGAAUCCAAAGAACCCCGUCGUCUUCUUCGACAUCACAAUCGGGACGGCGCCUGCUGGGCGGAUCAAGAUGGAGCUCUUCGCCGACAUUGUUCCCAAGACGGCCGAGAACUUCAGGCAAUUUUGCACUGGUGAUUUUCGAAAAGCCGGGACACCACAAGGAUACAAGAACUGCAGCUUCCACCGCGUGAUCAAAGACUUCAUGAUUCAAGGCGGGGAUUUUCUCAAGGGCGAUGGAAACGGAUGCGUGAGCAUCUAUGGAAGUAAAUUUGAAGAUGAAAACUUCGUAGCCAAGCACACUGGCCCGGGUCUUUUGUCCAUGGCUAACAGCGGCCCAAACACAAAUGGCUGUCAGUUCUUUAUAACUUGCGCCAAAUGCGACUGGCUCGACAACAAGCAUGUGGUGUUUGGAAGGGUUUUGGGCGAUGGACUUUUAGUGGUGCGAAAGAUCGAAAACGUCCAGACUGGUCAGAGCAACAAGCCAAAGCUCCAAUGCACAAUUUCGCAAUGUGGUGAAAUGUGAUCCAUUCUUCUAACACGUAAGUCACAACUAUGUGUGUGUGUGUGUGUUAUUCAAUCGCAAUACAGACAAUGGUUUACCA